UGUCACAUAGCAGCACUAUGCACACUCUACUUGUGGAAAUGGCUACAUGGCAGGAGGGACCCAAAGGUUAUCUCACUACCCACCACAGCGCCUGGACACUUGCUGAGUCCACACACGUGCUGGAAGACAGGAAUGUGAGUGAUGGGAGCCCAAGAGCAGGUCCCUCAAAUUGGCACAAGCUAUAUCCGAUCGCCCAGGGAGACCGCCAAUCACCCAUCAAUAUCAUAUCCAGCCAGGCUGUGUACUCACCCAGCCUGCAGCCACUGGAGAUUUUCUAUGAGGCCUGCACAUCCCUCAGCAUCACCAACAAUGGCCACUCUGUCCAGGUGGACUUCAAUGACAGUGAUGAUCGAACUGUGGUGACUGGGGGUCCCCUGGAAGGGCCCUAUCGCCUCAAGCAGUUCCAUUUCCACUGGGGCAAGAAACACGAUGUGGGAUCAGAGCACACGGUGGACGGCAAGUCUUUCCCUAGUGAGCUACAUCUGGUUCACUGGAAUGCCAAGAAGUACAGCACCUUUGGGGAGGCGGCUGCAGCCCCUGAUGGCCUGGCUGUGGUUGGUGUCUUCCUAGAGACAGGGGAUGAGCACCCCAGCAUGAACCGUCUGACGGACGCACUCUACAUGGUCCGGUUUAAGGGUACCAAGGCCCAGUUCAGCUGCUUCAACCCUAAGUGCCUCCUGCCCACCAGCCGGCACUAUUGGACCUACCCUGGCUCCCUGACCACACCUCCACUCAGCGAGAGUGUCACCUGGAUCGUGCUCCGGGAGCCUAUCAGAAUCUCUGAGAGGCAGAUGGAGAAAUUUCGGAGCCUGCUUUUCACCUCCGAGGAUGAUGAGAGAAUCCACAUGGUGAACAACUUCCGGCCACCACAGCCACUGAAAGGCCGGGUGGUCAAAGCCUCCUUCCAGGCCUGAGCUGUCCACCUGCCCAGCCAGCCACUAGGGCGCCAUCUUCCCAAGGGCUUCCAUGUCAACAGACACCAAACCAUCUGAGGCUCACUCCCUGGGGGUGCUGUAGGCUCUCCUCCAGCUGGCUUGCUCCUUGGCCACAUUGAAGGGUUCUUGAUUGGGACCCUUGAGUCGAGGGCACCCUUCUGCUGUUCUGGGGGCUAGCAGAACAGGAACAGAGCAGAGUCCAAGCCUGGGGCUGUCUCUGCUCUCCAAGACCCAAAGGCCCCAGGGAACCUCCUCUUGUCUUCCUGGCUGGCAGUGUCAGCAGCCCCACCCGGAGCUCACACUGUGAUGGACAAGACAGAGCUCCCUGGGGCAGGCAGCUGUCUCUGCCAGAAAGACUCAAGCAAUAAUUACAGGUGGGCAGAGCUGCCCACUUGGCAUUACCUCUUCUGCAGGCCUCUGCCAUGCACACACCUCACUGCCAGGCCAUUAAAAUAGCACCCAGAUGCUGGAGGUGAUGUGGCCUCCUCCUUCCAGCCACCUGCUGCCAUGGGCAGGCCCUGGCAAUAGCUUAUAUACUAUCUCCCUUCAUUCCUGCCCAGCCACCAAAGCCACCUACAUGACAACCCAUUUAUGUACUCACAAAUAAAUGCAUUUAUCCAUGC